CCUCUCCUCUUUUUUUCACUCUCUCCAUCUCGGGACGUGGGGGUUGUGUGGCAUAUUGGUUAGGGAUCGCAGACUGAGGCACUGGAGAGAAAUAGUUACGUUUUAACCAGCCUGUUGGACAUUGAAAACGUAUUUUCUUCAGUUGGAAAGUUUCAUAAGGAAGCACAAUGGCUGGGCUCAAGGUAAGAACUAAGGAGGAAUAACUUCAGUAUAAAUUACCUCCAUGUAUGAUGAAUCAAAGUUCAGGUUAUAUUUUUGCAGAGGGCUGUUAUUUUUCAUAAAUUGUUCUUAAUUUAAAAUAGGAAAUGCUGACAUAUGGGAACGAGAAGCAUUAAGAAUGUUAUACGUUAUGUCACAGAGCUAUCAAUCGCAUCAACAAAUGUCCGAAAUCUUAUGAUAUGCAAUGUAAGACUAAACUGUGUUUUAUAAAUCUGGAGCCUACUGCAGCAGUCAAGCGGUGUGCUGAAGGGGAGUUCCCUUAUGUCCAAUCAGCGCGCUGGAUUCAGCAGCUGCCCAGAUGCGCCCGAGCCGCUUGUGGAACGCAGAGUUCUGAUCACGGUUAACACUUUAAUCAGUUGACAGCCUUUGUGCCACUCGUGUUUCAUUCAGCCACUGUCGUUUAUUGAGAAUUUGGGCAUCCUUCAUCCACACCAAGUAAACUACACUGCAAGGAAUGUAAUCACGUGAGCGUGCGCAUUACUGGAAAAAGACCCGUACGCUUUUGCAGACCCGCGAUGACUCAGCACCAUUUCUUUGGUUUGUGCGUGCGUUCUGAGCGUAGGCUACUGUGAGAGGAGAAAGAGAGUAAAAGGGGUCGUGCUGCUGUGGUGUUGCAUGGCAACAUCAGAAAAGUCACGUAGGUUUGCAUUGUGUGCCAAGUAUGCAAACAGAUGACACAAGUACACUGAGCAAAAUUAUAAACACAACAUUUUAUGUAAAAUGUUGGUCACAUGUUUCAUGAGCUGAAAUAAAAGAUCCCAGAAAUGUUCCAUAAACAUGAUACAUGGCCACAUGUCGCAAGGAUCUGUACACAAUUCCUGGAAGCUGAAAAUGUCCCAGUUCUUCCAUGGCCUGCAUACUCACCAGACAUGUCACCCAUUGAGCAUGUUUGGGAUGCUCUGGAUAGACAGGUAUGACAGCGUGCUCCAGUUCCCGCCAAAAUCCAGCAACUUUGCACAGCCAUUGAAGAGGAGUGGGACAAGUUUCCACAGGCAACAAUCAACAGCCUGAUCAACUCUAUGCGAAGGAGAUGUGUUGCGCUGCAUGAGCCAAAUGGUAGUCACACCAGAUACUGACUGGUUUUCUGAUCCAAACACCUACCUUUUUUUAAAAAGGUAUCUGUGACCAACAGAUGCAUAUCUUUAUUCCCAGUCAUGUGAAAUCCAUAGAAUAGGGGCCUAAUGAUUUUAUUUCAAUUGAUUGAUUUCCUUAUAUGAACUGCAUGUUGCAUUUAUAUUUUUGUUCAGUGUAUAAGGACUAAACAACAAUCGAACCAAUCGAAUCAAAAGCAACACAGACAUGAUGAUGGCAUAAUAUAAUCCGAUACUGAAGCCAGAUGUAAAGUAUCAGCAUCUCUCUCGCUCUUCUCCAGUAUCUGAGUGGGUUUGGGAAUGAGUUCUCCUCUGAAGACCCUCGCUGCCCAGGGUCCUUACCUGAAGGACAGGUAACGUUCCACACUAGGCCUACACCUCACCUGUUAUCCAACAACACCCCUCAAACCACACCUGUACAACACCCCUCACACCCACGUUACCCCCUCUGGGAUGUUGAACUCAGCUCUGUUGUCUCUCCAGAACAACCCUCAGGUGUGUCCCUAUGGCCUCUACGCUGAACAACUCUCCGGCUCCGCCUUCACCUGCCCACGGGCAACCAAUAAGAGGAGGUAUCCAGUCAUUUAAUAGUGAUUGACAGGAAUGUAUCCUCCUUUCAAUGGUCCUCAGAUUGCACGUGUACAGCAAAGCAAUUUCAUGUACAUUUUCAUACACAUGCACACAGACAAACACACUCUCUUUCGUAACUUUCUUUCCUCGGUUCUACAGCUGGUUAUACCGUAUCCUGCCGUCCGUCCGCCACAAGCCCUUCACUGCAAUGCACUGUGGGAACCUAACAGAGAAAUGGGACGAAGUGGAACCUGACCCUAACCAGGUACAGAGAGAGAAAGAGAGAGAGAGAAGAUAAACAGAGAAAUUAAGUGUAAACAUGUUUUAAUGUUUCCUUUUUGUAGCUCCGAUGGCUGCCAUUCACCAUCCCCAAAUCCUCAGAGAAGAAAGUGGACUUUGUGAUGGUAAAACAUCAUCCCUCCAUCACUCAGUCCUCUGGUUAACUUGGUAGAAAAUAGCUGUUUCUGCUGCAUAGCCUGUCAUCUGUCCUGGGUCUGAUUGGUUCUCCCAUCUGUCAAUCAUAGGGUCUGCACACCCUAUGUGGAGCAGGAGACACCAAGUCCCGCAAUGGGAUCGGCAUCCACAUGUUCACCUGCAACACCUCCAUGGUUGACAGGUGAGUGUGUGUGUGUGUGUAGAUUUGACAUCAUCUCUCCCAUAAUUGAGCUUUACAACUCUGGGCCACAUGUCAACUUUUUUAUGUGGUCUCUGCUUUUCAGGUGUUUCAACAAUUCAGAUGGAGAUUUCCUCAUUGGUCAGUCCAAUAUGCAGAUUUUUUAAAGUAAAGUUAAACAUAUUAAGUUAAUAAGCAGUAAGUAAGUACCCCCCCCCCCCCCCCCCCCCCCCCCCCCCCAUACUCUCUCUCAGUGCCCCAGCAUGGUGAGAUUCUGGUCACUACAGAGUUUGGGAGGAUGAUGGUGGAACCCAACGAGAUCUGUGUCAUCCAGGUGAGAUGGCAGCACCAGAGAACUUAAGCCUGUCAAUCUUGACAGCUCUCAUUGUCAAGCUUCACCUGUAACUUUUAACCUACACCUGUCAUUUUCAACCUUCACCUGUAACUGUCAAUUCUUCACCUGUAACUGUCAAGCUUCACCUGCAACUUUCAACCUUCACCUGUAACUGUCAACCUUCACCUGCAACUUUCAACCUUCACCUGUAACGGUCAACCUUCACCUGCAACUUUCAACUUUCACCUGCAACUUUCAACCUUCACCUGUAACUGUCAACCUUCACCUGUAACUUUCAACCUUCACCUGUCCCCUCGCCUAUAUCUGUAUGUCCCUUGUGUGUUGCAGCAAGGGAUGCGUUUCAGUGUGGAUGUGUUCGGGGAGACCAGAGGUUACGUGUUGGAGGUGUACGGAGCCCACUUUGAGCUUCCCGACCUGGGACCCAUAGGUGCGUAUGACACCUUUCCUCCUCCACCACAUGACACCCCUUGACCCUCCCACCUUUCAACACCAUAACAUUUGUGAACCAAUCAUCUUCCUAGGGGCCAACGGACUGGCCAAUCCCAGGGACUUCCUGACUCCGGUGGCGUGGUAUGAGGACCGUGAGGUGGCCACAGGCUAUACCGUCAUCAACAAGUAUCAGGGCAAACUGUUCUCCAGCCAACAGGUGUGUACGUGUAUGUCUGUGCGUGUGUGUGUGUGUGUGUCUUUGGGUGCAUAUGUACAUGUUCUGUCACAGACAUUACCAUACACAGCAUUAUAAUUCAUGAUAGUAGCUUGUAAUAUAUACAUGAGACACCACUAAUGUUAGCGUUUAGCUAUCUAGCCGUCCCAACACUGAGAAUAGCUGGAUGCACAGUAUUAGAGUGAAGUCUAUUAGCAGUUAGCUGCACGUUAACAUUGAACUGCCCUCCCCGAUGAUUUAAUGUAAAACGCCUGACUGUUCUGAUCAGCAGGCUCCCGUCUCGGCUUACUUACCAGCCUUAAUCAUAAUUAGUUAACGCGUCCUGGAGUUUCCGCCAGAUACCUACCUGUCCUUUCAGAAGGGGAGAAAACCUAGCUCGAGUUAAGUAUUAAUUUCAGCAUAUUUUACCGGGGAAUGAUUUCCUGCCCCGCUCUGAAAGCAUCCUGUCGAGCAGGUAAUUGGAUCGACUCAUAUUGUCUGACAGGAGGGGAUUUUAAAGAGACAGGGAAGGGGAGGACAGAGGGUGUGUGUCUUUGUGUGUGUGUGUGAGGGAGGUAACCGUGGAAACACCUGUGUUAGAGGGGAUACAGUGCAUUGGGAAAGUAUUCAGACCCCUUCACCUUUUUCCACAUUGUUACCUUACAGCCUUAUUCUAAAAUGUAUUAAAACAUUUUUUUCCCUCAUCAAUCUACGCACAAUACCACCCCAAUGGUGGAACACGCUGCUCUGGCACCCCAAUGGUAGAACAAGCUCCCUCACGACGCCAGGACAGCGGAGUCACUCACCACCUUCCGGAGACAUUUGAAACCCCACCUCUUUAAGGAAUACCUGGGAUAGGAUAAAGUAAUCCUUCUACCCCCGCUUACCCCCCCCCCCCCCCCCCCCCCCCCCCCCAAAAAAAAAAAAAAAAAAACAUUGUAAAGUGGUUAUCCCACUGGCUAUAAGGUGAAUGCACCAAUUUGUAAGUCGCUCUGGAUAAGAGCGUCUGCUAAUUGACGUAAAUGUAAAUGUAAAUGUAAAUAAUGACAAAGCAAAAACAGGUUUUUAGAUUUAAAAAAAAAAAGUAUUACAAAUAAAAAACUGAUAUCACAUUUACAUAAGUAUUCUGACCCUUUACUCAAUACUUUGUUGAAGCACCUUUGGCAGCGAUUACAGCCUCGAGUCGUCUUGGGUAUGACGCUACAAGCUUGGCACACCUGUAUUUGGGGAGUUUCUCCCAUUUAGAUCCUCUCAAGCUCUGUCAGGUUGGAUGGGGAGCGUCGCUGCACAGCUAUUUUCAGGUCUCUCCAGAGAUGUUAAAUCGGGUUCAAGUCUGGGUUCUGGCUGGGCCACUCAAGGACAUUCAGAGACUUGUCCCGUAGCCACUCCUGCGUUGUCUUGGCUGUGUGCUUAUGGUCAUUGUCCUGUUGGAAGGUGAACCUUCGCCCCAGUCUGAGGUCCUGAGCACUGUGUAGCAGGUUUUCAUCAAGGAUCUCUGUACUUUGCUCCGUUCAUCUUUCCACUCGAUCCUGACUAGUCUCCCAGUCCCUGCCGCUGAAAAACAUCCCCACAGCAUGAUGCUGCCACCACCAUGCUUCACCGUAGGGAUGGUGCCAGGUUUCCUGCAGACGUGACGCUUGGAAUUUAGGCCAAAGAGUUCAGUCUUGGUUUAAUCAGACCAGAGAAUCUUAUUUCUCAUGGUCUGAGAGUCCUUUAGGUGCCUUUUGGCAAACUCCAACUGGGCUGUCAUGUGCCUUUUACUGAGGAGUGGCUUCCGUCUGGAUACUCUACCAUAAAGGCCUGAUUGGUGGAUUGCUACAGAGAUGGUUGUCCUUCUGGAAGGUUCUCUUAUCUCCACAGAGGAACUAGAGCUCUGUCACCUCCCUGACCAAGGCCCUCAUGGCUUGGUUUUUGCUCUGACAUGCACUGUCAACUGUGGGACCUUAUAUAGACAGGUGUGUGCCUUUCCAAAUCAUGUCCAAUCAAUUGAAUUUACCACAGUUGGACUCCAAUCAAGUUGUAGAAACAUCUCAAGGAUGAUCAAUGGAAACAGGAUGCACCUGACCUCAAUUUCGAGUCUCAUAGCAAAGGGGCUGAAUACUUGUGUAAAUCAGGUAUUAUAAAAAAAAAGAUUUUGCAAAUGUUUAUAAAAAUCUGUUUUCGCUUUGUCACUAAGGGGUAUUGUGUGUAGAUUAAAGAGGAAAAACAUUAAUUUAAUCCAUUUUAGAAAAAGUCUGUAAUGUAACAAAAUGUGGAAAAAGUUAAGGGGUCUGAAUACUUUGUGAAUGCACGGUAUAUGCAUGGGAUAUACAUCGGUCCACUCUUUCUUUCGUUAAUCUCGCUCUACCUCUCCAUCCACCCCUCUCUUUCUCUCCGUCUCCAUCUUGCACUUUCUCUCCCCCCACCUAACCUGAAACUGGAGGGAGUGUGUGUGUGUGUGUGUGUGUGUGUGUGUGUGUGUGUGUGUGUGUGUGUGUGUGUGUGUGUGUGUGUGUGUGUGUGUGUGUGUGUGUACACAUAUUGUAAGUGGAGGGGGGGGGGGGGGGGCAGGUUCCAUCUCCACCUCAGUCCCGUCCUGCUGUUUGGUCCCCCUGCAGAGAGAUGAAAUUGCUCAAAUUAACUUAUUAUUUGCUUGACUGGGCCAAUAUGUUUGUGUUGUGUGUUUUUUUCUUGCGCUCUGUUUUUAAUCGAGUCUGGCAGAGUUAUCACAGGAACUGUAAUGCCCAAGAGAUUACCUGCCUUGGGGUACUCAGACCCCCUGGUGACUGUGUAUGUGUGUGUUUCUGUGUGUGCUUGCACUGUAUGCAAGUAUGUUAGUGUGUUUUUUAUGGUGUAUGUCUGUGGGAAUUGGAGAAUAUGUGUGUGUGUGUGGGAGAAUGUAUGUGUGCUUGCGCACGUGUGUGACAGGGUACAUGGGUCAGUCCUGAAGACAGCUUUAGCUGUAAUGAAUUAUAUUGAUUUUAGAACUACCAUUGAAUGUCUCUUUCACAGUGAAGUUAUCAGAAAAGCACUGCUAUAUAAAAUUGCUGUGGUUUUAACAAUCAAGAUGAAGAAAUAUCUCUACACCGUCUCCGUCUCUCUCCCUCUCCCCCCAUCUCUCUCCGAGCCGAGGGCGCUGGAAGUUUGGAAAAGUUUGAUUGUGAAACCAAUUACUGCAUAAUACCUGAAGCUGAAGAUCACAAAGAAUGGGGUGAAUGAAAACAAGAGCAGAGGAUGAAAGGAGGAACACCGUUCAGAAUCAGCCCUCAUCCUCUUGAGUUCUUUCUUUUUUAUUUGUAUGCUGCUCUACGUGUUUUUCAAUUCUGAAUACCAAAGGGCCCUCUUCCCUAAAAUGAAAAUUGGCUUGAGGUACGGCUAUAUCUCAACUUCAAAGGUGCGGUGGGCCAGGGGGUGCUGCCACCUGCCUCACCCCUACUAUACAUUUGAACAGGUGCGGUGGGCCAGGGGGUGCUGCCACCUGUCUCACCCCUACUAUACAUUUGAACAUUAUUCAAUUUCUUCUUGUGUGUGUGAUGGCAGGAUUUCUCUCCCUUCAAUGUGGUGGCAUGGCAUGGAAACUACACACCAUACAAAUACAACCUGGAGAACUUCAUGGUCAUCAACUGUGUGGCCUUCGAUCAUGCGGUGAGAACCUCACACACGCACAAAUGCAUGCAUGUGCACACACACACAAGCACACACACACACCCUAACCCUUCCUUUCCUCCAUCUGUGCACCAGGAUCCUUCCAUCUUCACAGUGUUGACGGCCAAGUCCACUCGUCCAGGAGUUGCCAUGGCUGACUUUGUCAUCUUCCCCCCGCGCUGGGGAGUGGCUGACCACACCUUCAGACCCCCUUACUACCACAGUAUGACAGCACACACACUUCUAACCCUUACUACCACAGUAUGACAGCACACACACUUCUAACCCUUACUACCACAGUAUGACAGCACACACACUUCUAACCCUUACUACCACAGUAUGACAGCACACACACUUCUAACCCUUACUACCACAGUAUGACAGCACACACACUUCUAACCCUUACUACCACAGUAUGACAGCACACACACUUCUAACCCUUACUACCACAGUAUGACAGCACACACACUUCUAACCCUUACUACCACAGUAUGACAGCACACACACUUCUAACCCUUACUACCACAGUAUGACAGCACACACACUUCUAACCCUUACUACCACAGUAUGACAGCACACACACUUCUAACCCUUACUACCACAGUAUGACAGCACACACACUUCUAACCCUUACUACCACAGUAUGACAGCACACACACUUCUAACCCUUACUACCACAGUAUGACAGCACACACACUUCUAACCCUUACUACCACAGUAUGACAGCACACACACUUCUAACCCUUACUACCACAGUAUGACAGCACACACACUUCUAACCCUUACCCUAAGAUCAAAUAACUCAAGUACUUGCUCGUCUUCAGUUCUGAUGUUACCGAGACCUUUGUCCUUUCUAGCAUGGCCAUCUAGUGACUACCCUAACCUGUCCCGGGUCUCUCUGUAAUGUGUUUUUGCAGUAGUGUGUGUGUGUGUCUGCCUGUGUGUGUUGUGUCAGAGCUCCCCCUGUCUGUGUUCCAGGGAACUGUAUGAGUGAGUUCAUGGGGCUGAUCAAGGGCCACUAUGAGGCCAAGGAGGAGGGCUUCCAGCCAGGAGGGGGCAGUCUCCACAGCAUGAUGACCCCUCAUGGCCCUGACAGAGACUGCUUCGAGAAGAGCAGCACCGCUCCCCUCAAACCAGAGAGGGUGGCCGAGGGGACCAUGGUAACAUAUGGGAGCACACACGUGAUGAAAUUAUAUAAAAACAACUGCAAAUAUCAGAGUGAGCCGUGAAGUAACAUCCCUCUCUCUCAGGCCUUCAUGUUUGAGUCGUCGUUCAGCAUGGCGGUAACUAAGUGGGGCCUGGAGACGUGUAAGAGACUGGAUAAGAACUACUACCAGUGCUGGGAGCCGCUCCGCAAACACUUCGACCCCAACUGGAGACCGAGCAAACAGUAGAGCAGAGAGUCAGAACACAGUCAUUGCUUCCCCUAGAUCACUUUCAAGGCAUGGCGCAAAGGCCCACGUAGUCAACAUCCUGGACCUCUUCGGUGUAAUAUACUAUACCGUGGCUCAAUACAUUCUAAUUGGUCCAUGCUUGUUUUUUUUGACUGACCAGUUCAUUGAUAA